CACGUGACCAUGUACAGGUAACCACGUGAUCAUGUACAGGUUACCUAGCAACACACCACAUGUACACAGCGUACAUUAUUAUACGUUGCGGACCCCACAUCACCAUCAUGGAACGACGUACCGACCUGGCGAGGGAGGGAACUAUUACAGCUUUAGAAUGUAUUGUACUCGGUGAUAUGUGGACUUCUUGAUAUUUAAGAUGGGAGUAGCUCAGAUUUUUGUAUUUUUUAGGUUUUCAGUUAUUUUUGAUACAAUAGAAUUUUUGGCACGGUAGCCCUUAAAAUUGUUAUAUUUGACACGUGAUCACUUAGUCAGGAUUGAUCGCUCUGUUGACGUGGUUUAGAUAUUGUGUUCUAUCACAUCGACCAUCCUGUAUUUCUGCUAAUUGUGAUACUUUUUCAUACAUAUGUGAAUUGUCCUGUUCAAUACCUUCACUACCAGGCUUAGCUAGGGUCGAGAGCUAAAAGAACACAGUAGGGACGACAGACUCUGAAACCCUGGUAACCAGCACAGCUCUCCUAGUCUCCUAGUCUCUAAGACCCACACCACAGUGCCCCUCACAGCUCCUCAUGUUAGAAGGAUCAGAUGUUCCUGAUGAGGAGCUCUCAUCGCACGGAGACGAACUCUCACCUGACUCCCCGGACAGCAUAGAGAUCAUCACAGCAGAGGAUGCAGCCGAACCCGCGCAAAUACCCGCUCAGAUGCCCUCUGAAGAACAGUACCAAGAACAAUACCAGGAGCAAAGAGGAACAGAGCGUGAGGACCAGGAAAUCAGAACAAAACCCGCAGGAUCAGAUGAGCUUACUGAUCACGUAUCUAAUGUUCUGGAUGGGAAGCAGCUGGAAGAAGCUAAGAAGGCGGUGGGGGAUCUAACAGUGAUCUGUAGGGCUCUCCGAGUGAUCCUAGUCAUGCAGUGUUCCAUCCUCUGGCAGUUUCUAUGGAGACUGCUUAUAAAGCACACCAACAACGAUCAGUUGAGACCUGUGCGAGUACUUGUAAAGAAACAAUACGGGAUAUUAACCAAACAUUAUUCAGCUCACUUGAAGCCCCUUGUUAAGACUCAUGGUAAGUUGUUGUGGGGUGUAGGCUACGUUAUCUCCACGUGGGCAGUGUUCUACGUGCUAUAUGUCAGCCUGUUUAACUUUGACUAUUUUGAGCUGUCGUAUAUGGGGGUAUCUGAUGCUACUCCUGUGUAUGGUCCGUUUUAUAAGCGUCAUGUUGCUUUGAAAGAGAGAAAGAGUCUGACGGAUCUGGCGAUGAAGAAACAUCGGUUUAACUCCUUUAAGAGCGAUCAGACUCCGCUUAAUAGAGAGAUACCUGACACGCGGUCUGAAGGAUGUGCGGAUCUAAUGUACCCCCACAACUUACCUGUAGCGAGUGUAAUAAUAGUGUUCCAUAACGAGGCUCUUACGGUUCUAUUACGUACUGUACACAGCGUACUGGAUAAAACACCUCCCCAUCUACUGAAAGAGAUUUUACUUGUUGAUGAUUUUAGUGAUGCAGGUGAACUAAAAACGCUAGACUACGAGCUAAGCAAGCUGAUAAAGACGAGCCAUGUCCGACUCCCAAAGAGGAGUGGCUUGAUAAAGGCUAGACUGUUCGGAGCAGCUAGAGCUACGGGGGAGGUUAUGAUAUUCCUGGACAGUCACUGUGAGUGUAACAGUGGGUGGGUAGAACCGCUGCUGUACGAAGUGAAGAAAGAUAAAACAACAGUACCUAGUCCUAUCAUAGAUGUAAUAAUGUUCGAUACUUUCGAGUACAGACAAGCAAAUCCCCAGGUUGGUGCAUUUGACUGGAGUUUCACGUUCUACUGGCAGCAAGUAGAACAAAAGAACUUCACAGAACCCCUCAUUGCUCCCGUUAUGGCAGGAGGAUUGUUUGCAAUAGACAGGUCCUACUUUGAGGAGAUAGGAACAUAUGAUACUGACAUGAACAUCUGGGGUGGCGAGAACAUGGAGAUGAGCUUCCGGAUUUGGAUGUGUGGUGGACGUCUGUUAUCAAUGCCGUGCUCACGAGUUGGGCACAUCUUCAGGGACAGAGCCCCUUACAGUUUUGGAGGCGAGAGCCAGAUACUAACCCUUUACAGGAAUUAUGCCAGAGCUGUCGAGGUAUGGUUGGAUGGCCACAAGGACCUGUUCUAUCGGUUUGUACCCCUCGCUAAAGAUCUAGACAUCGGAGAUAUCUCCUCCAGAGUGAACCUCCGGAAAAGACUGAACUGCAAAUCCUUUGAUUGGUAUCUGGAGAACUUGUUGCCUAUGUUACCCACUGAGAAAAAGUUGCUGGCUUCAGGCCAGAUACGUAACAAUAAAAUAGGACAGUGUGUAGAUACACUUGGUAAAAGGAAAGCUAAUGAUACAGUUAGUCACUAUAGAUGUCUUCCUAAACGAGAACCCGGGUACACCAACCAGGUGUGGAUGUAUUCUAAGAAGUAUGAGGUUAUUUCUCUAGAGAACUGUCUGGACGCCUCAAUCCCGGAUGCUAAUGCUAAAACCUUGAAGAGAGUUUCUUUGUGGCCUUGUCAUGGCCUUGGUGGAAAUCAGAAGUGGCAUUAUAGUUCAACCCAGCAGAUUAUACACGCUGAAUCGCAGCUGUGUCUCUCCGUAGGAGACCCUUCCAAACCCAAACUAUUCCUUGACAAAUGUGACGGCUCUGCUCGUCAGAUCUUCUCAUUCACUAAUAUCUACAGCCAGGACGAUUUUGAUUUUUGAAGACUCUAUAAUGAAUGAAAGAGCUUGAUGAUCAAUGUUGAAUGUAUUUAUGUAAGAUUACUUAACAGAAUAAGAUGAAUAGUUUGAAGGUCAAUGAUUUAACUUCGCCCAAUUUUUAAUGAUAAGUAAACACAUUUUUCAGUAAAA